UACAAGAUAUGGGUUUAUCUUCUUCAUGGUUUAUUGUAAUCUGAAUAUUUCGAGCCUGGGUCUGAAAAUUUUUCCUCGUUUCUUGAUCUAUUGUUUCCAUUUCGUUCACUUUCGUUGCAAGUUAAUACACCAGCUCUCUGACUCUUAAAAUUUUCACCCUCUUUGAAUUUCAAACCUUUAACUAAAUUUCUUGUAUUUUCUCACUGCCCCUCUUCAUUCUUUCUUUAGGGUUUGUUUGUGUUGGAAGAAUAAUUUUCUCUGUACAAAAUCUGUUUCAAGAUUUAUUUGAGUAAUCAUUUUUAUUGAUUUUUUUUUAUUUUUUUAUUUUUUUUUUGGAGAAUUGAGAAGGAUCAAGAAACGGCGGGUGAAGUUCAAGAUACCAAACAUGAAAAAAAAUUCGGAUGAGAAGAAGGAUGGCCGAAAAGUGAAGGAUCAUUACUGUGUGGAGUGCAAAAUGACCUUCAGCUCCGGCAAGGCAUUGAGAGACCACAUGAACAGAGCUCAUGCUCAGUCCAACAGAGAUUUCUCUGUCAAGAAGCAGAAAUCCAAGAUGGAAUUUGAGGCCAUGAAUAGGGUUCCUUCACAUGUUCUUGAUGGUGAUCGGAUUAAUUCUGGUCAUGUGUUUGGUUUGAACGAAUCUAUGAAGUGGCAGGUGACAGGUAUGCGCGGCCGGGCGGCAACUAAGCAAGUCAUUGAUUCGCCGCUCCUUGCGAUUUCGGAUGAAUUUCUAGCUUCUCUACAUGAGCUCAUGAGCGCCUCCAAUGGAGAUUCUAUGAAACCUAGUGAAGAUCUGGAUUCCAAGGUUAAGGAAGGUGAAGCCAAUAGCAGCAAAUUUAAGGGCAGCCGCACACCAAUCAAACCCGUCAUUGGUUUGUCGCCUUUUCCAAGUUCAGAGGAAUUUCUAAGGCUUAUUAAUGGAGAUUCCAAGAAACCUAGUGAAGAUCUGGAAUCUAAGGUUAGGGAAGGUGAAAUCGAUGGUGUUAAUCAAGAUUUUCAAUCGAAUAAGAAUAAUGAGGUGCUUUCCUUUGCAGAUGAAAGGAAUUCACCAGCUAAAAAGCUGAAAAUCUUUGAAAGAGCGGAUGAAAACCCUGGUGGUAAACAAUUCAGGAGAAUAGAUUACAAUGGCAAAGGAAACAGAAAACUAUAUCCUGGAUUUCAAACAGAAAAUUCAACAAAUAGCUCUAUGAAUCCUGGUGAUAAUCCUUACGAAUCUGGUACUAAUGGCUCUAUGAUGAUCAAGAAGAAAUCAAUGGAUCCAGAAUCACUACUGGAUUUCACCCCUGUUGAACCGGAGGCUGCUAAAGACAAUUACAGCACUUGUGAGAAGAGUUUUCCAACUUGCCAAGCAAUGGGUCGGCACAGAUCAAGUAGCCACAAAGAGAAAAAGGUGAAGGUGAAGAUUUACAAUACCGUUGCUGAUCCGUCUUUAAAUGGAGCUGCUUAUGCCAAUGCCACAGAACAAAUGGAAGUGAACAGUGCUUCUGGAUUUCAGAAUCAUGCUGAUCAUGUUCCAAGAUCCCACCAAGUUACCUCUACAGACGAAGAGAAAGAAGACCCUAAUGUUUUCGAAUUCAACCUCAAUGAGCCGCCUGACCAUGAUGAUGAAGAUGGGAUGGAGCCUGGCAGUUCAGCUAGCUAGAUAUGUCCAUUUGAAGCAUACUUGUUGAUACUAGGACGACGAUGAACAGCAUUUCUUCCAAAUUAUUUGGCAUCACAUGUGAAUAUACAUGUAUAUAUCUGACUAUCCGAUGGUUAAAACGCUUAGUAGAGAUACUCGUGACAUUUGCAUGUGCGUAUUAUUACCUUUAAGGAUGCCUAAGCCUCUUUCUAUAGACUCGGAGCUGAUAUGAAAAAUGCGCUUCAAAGUUCCUGAGGGUUCUCUUCAUUCACAGUGUAUCUUGUAGAAAACUCGGCUAUCAUAAUAGUACUAGAUACGAGAAUCAUUUUCAAGAAGUUGAAUUAAGCUUCUUAUACA